AAAAAUGUUCAAACCCUUGUUAAUUAUAUUGAAAACGUCCAGAUGGUCUAUGAAGUAUAUACCAAAGAUAAAUCAUUAUAAAAAUUUAUAAUGUAUCGUUCAAUCGGCUUUUUUUUUCAUAAAAUUGUAAAAAACCGUAUUUUUUUUAAUCAUUAAAAGAUUAAUACAUAAAUCUUCAAUAAAACGAGCACCAUUUUCGUGAGGCUACACCUGUUAAAAUACGUAAACUUGCCCUUCAUUUACACUGAAACAAUAUCAUAUGGAGCAAGAAUCGUAAAACUAUCCUUGAAAAACACAAGUAUAUAACGAUAUGUUGGUUAGAGGCAAGUAAAGACCGAAGAGAAAAUAUUGACGUGCGUUAAAAUCACCAGAGAUCUCAACGCCGGCUUCCGGGCUCAGGGUAAAUAGUUUAGUCACCUGGUCACACUAUACUAACCUACACGUGAGAUUACAAUACGUCCGAGUACAAAACUUGAUUCUCAGGACUAAUAAUGGAAAUUUAUGUAAACAGUACAGUGAAAAUAUUAAACUAAAGAUUAUGUGAUACAACGAGAAAAUAAUGAAAACAUGUUCAAAAGAACUAUAAAAUCAGAAACUUGAUCAGAGACUCUACGAAGUUGAAGUAUAAAUUAUGUAAAAUGAAGAAAAUCCUUAACAAAAGAAACAUUUCCAAAAUUAAUUUCUAAAAAAGUGUUUGAAUGAAAAAGAGAAAAACGGUGUCAUGAGCAAAAAUGAAUCUUAUUCUGAACCUAAUAAUCAGUUUGUUACACAGUCCUAUACUGAUGGUGCCCCUCGAGAACAGGCUACGAGUAAACAUUACCCCGACUAGUGUUGUUACAAUGAUCUACAGAAUUAUGGAAUAUGAAAACAAAGACACGAAAUAUUUAGAUGAAGAAGUUAAUCAAGAAAAUACUUUGAAAAAGCUGGAGAAGCUGGAUGACCCGCCGGUUGAUCCUAGUCCUAAUCAGGACUUAGAGAAGCUGGAUGACCCGUCGGUUAAUCCUAGUCCUAAUCAGGACUCAGAGAAGCUGGACGACCCGCCGGUUGAUCCUAGUCCUAAUCAGGACUCAGAGAAGCUGGAUGAUUCAAUUGAUCCAAGUUCUGAUCCGGACUCUGAGAAAACUAAUGUUGCAUCUCAAGAAAUGUUUUCUUCCACGGGAACAUCUACAACUGAAUUAACUGAACCUCAUGUUGAUGAAUUCAUCGACGAUAAUGGAUUGUUUGAUGUUGAUAAUGAUGAUGAUGAGAACAAGCAGGAUGAGGAUGAAAUAGAGGAUGAGAGGGAAGAGAUACAAUGUGAUACUUCUCCUGAUUUGAACCUACUGAGAAACGGUUUAGCAAACUCAGGGUUUCUGUGGACGAACGGACAGGUUCCAUACGAGAUUGCCGGAGAUUUUAACGCUACUCAGAAGAAGACGAUCGAGGAUGCUGUCUUGUUCUACAAUGAAGAAUUCAAAGAUUGUAUAAAGUGGAUUCCAAAGACGGAUGAGACAACAUUUGUUUUGUUUGAGAACAAAGGAAGUUGUUCCAGCAGGGUUGGAGUAGCUUUUUUUCCUUUCCCUGUCUCCCAAUCCAUCCUACUUGGUAAAUGCUCUCAUCUUCCUGGACAUGUUAAACACGAAAUGAUGCACUCCCUUGGGUUCUACCACGAGCACAGUAGAUCGGACAGGGACAUGUAUAUCAACAUAAUGUGGGAGAAUAUUAGACCUGAAUAUUAUUCACAGUUUGAUACUUACAGAUGGACAACAGGGUACGGAGAAGAGUAUGAUUAUACAUCUAUUAUGCACUACAGUUCUAGAGCUUUUGUUAAAGAUUAUACAGAUAAGAAUUUGAAGUCGCUUGAGCCGAAAAAUAGUAACUUCAACGCCAGCAAUCUGGGCUGGAAAGAAGAUCUAAGCGAAAUAGAUAAAAGAAAGAUCAGGAAGAUGUAUAGAUGUGAACCAUAUGCUGAUUACAAAAGCACGUGUUCAACGGACGAGGAGUGCGGCAUAAACGAGUACUGUGCACCCCUGGUGUCAGAAUGCAGAACUAAAUUACCUGAUGGUUCUAUAUGUUUAGCAGAAAGAGACUGUUUAAACCAUUGCAGUGGAGGAGUCUGCUCUAAAUGUGUUUCCGAUUCUGAUUGUGGAGAAGGAUCUUACUGUGCCUAUAAAUAUAUUCCUGCAGUACAGAAUGAAUGUUCCUCCUACUGUGGAUCAUUUUGUUUUUUCUCUGCUCAGUGUCAAGGAGCCUGUACAACCUGCUCCUGGUCUUUUCUAUGUACCUAAUCAUUAAAGGGACCGGAAGGUAAUUUCAAGGGAUAGCCUAAAUGGCAAAGAUGACAAUGCCCGGGAUAUACUACGGUUCUCUUGAAACCUUUAUAUGGUCCAUAAUGUGGAAGAUAUUGUCAUUUUUCUAGGUUUGAAAGUGAUUAACUCUGAUAAUAUGUUUUCCUGUAGUAGAAAUGAACGAGUAAAAUUUGUAUAGAAACCACGAUUGAAAAGAAGUAGUUUUCAAAAUGAUUACCAUUAAUAUCUAAUUCAUUUUGAUCAAGCAAAGCUUUUAAGGGUACCGUUGUGAAUCAGGCAUUGCCAUAUAUGCCUUGAAGGUUACUUGAAAUUACGCUUAAAUUCCUUUCAAUAGUUUCAAGCAAACCAUAUUAAUUGGGAACCAUUAUUUUUUUUUAAAUUACACAUCUCAAAUCGAAAAUUAAAAUUUUAUCCUUUAUAAACUUUUGCAGGUUUGUUACUUAAAAAGGUUCAGUCCCCCUUGCGUUGCUGCAUUCCUGAUUUAUUAAAAAAGUUUAUCAACUUAUCAAAAAAUACUUACCUAAUCUUAAAAGCAAUGUACAAUGGAAGUGCUUUGAAAAAUAUUUAGCUUACAUGUAUUACAAAAAUCAAAAAGUAUCAUUGUCACUAAGUAUCUUAAAAGUAUUUUUAAACCUGUAGAAUUAUUCAAUGUACGUAUAGUUAAAAAAAAAUCUGACAUGUUUUUGUAAAUAUGUGCCAGUGUAUUCAAUAAAGUAACGAUUAUA